AUGUCUGUAUAUAACUCAGCGGGAGUGGGCUGCUCGACGUGUCGCAAGCGCAAGUGUGACCGCAAGUCGCCCGUCUGUGACCACUGUGCGCGUGGCGGACGGACAUGCGUCUAUCCACAUAUAUUCGAUGUAGUUCAUCGAGAUAGAAACCAAGCUACCGAGAGUCAGGCUCGGGCGAAGUGGCGGAGUCGAGUGCAACCGAGAAUUGAGACCACUACGGCAGCAGCUGUGGGUUCACGGAAAAGCGUCUCUGGAGUGGAGCCGGCACAGAGCUCGAAUGCCUCAAGAAGCCGUCAGUUGCAUGUACUCGUACAGCAGCCAGGCCAGGCUGAGCCAAGCGCCGAGCUGGCGUUGGACGCACGAAGAACCAUCCCAACUUUCGAUCUCCAUGCCUCGCCGUCACAGGAUCUGUACGAGGCGGCAUUCAACCGUUUCAAUUACGAUUUUCUAGACUACUCCAAAGAUGCGUAUACCAGGCGAGACACUUUCGACCUGAUCCCACCCCUCUGCCGGUCGUUGCCGCGGAACAGUCUGCUCUCGAUGACCCUCCGAGCGGUAUUUCUGGCCAACUUGGCCGCACGUACGCACAGUCCUCACGUUCUGGCAAUAUCGCAGAAACACUACGUUCAGUCCUUGUCCAUGCUGCGCGCGGUUCUCCAAACGCCUGGAGCCAUACAGAAAGCGGAAACGGUCUUCGCCUCGUAUCUACUCUGGCUGUAUGAAGUCAUGACCAAGUACGAAUCCUACGGCUCGGCAAUGGCCCAUCAUGUAGGCAGCGAGAGUAUCAUGCAGUCCGUGGCCGAACAUGGUUGGGAUAGUCUAACGCGAUUCUCAAGGACUGGGCUGGGUGCCAUGUCCGUGAACUAUGGGCUACUCAGACACAUUGCAUACUUUCAACGCCCGUCUCCGUGGCUGAAGCAGCUUGUGGAGAAUUCCAGAACCGGGGACAAGCGAGCCACGUUGGUACAGCUGUGCUACGAAUGCACGCGUGUUUGUGCGGAUCUGAGGGAGUGUGAAUACUUCAUUCGUUCCAAGGGAUCAUCAUCACUUCCUGAACGUCUGGAUCAAGCGUCUGUGACUGACGCCAAAACCCUCGACGGCCGCUUCCACGCCUGGGAGCUACAGCGAGACAUGGAACACCCCCGUCUCAACGUCGACAUACGCCCCAAAGAACGCAAAGUCGCCUGGGUCCGAGAUCUGUUCUGCGCCGCCGGUGCUCCGAGGCAAAUGUGCAUCUCUAUGCCCGCGGAGGCGUUUCUGGAGUGGAAAAUCUACUGGAUCUUUCGACUCAUCCUCAACUACUGUAUAGUAGAUCUCGACGACGCGUUGGAAUCGUCGGGAAGUGACGCCAACACAGCAUCCGCUGCCGUCGUUCGGGUGAGGUCGAUUCUGACGCCUGUGGAUAUCGACGCCGCUGAGGAGGUGAUAACCACCCUCACGCACGCAAUAUCGGCUGCGAUCCCCUCCGUUCUAGGCGUCUAG